AAUCAGUUUUUUUCUUUUCUGUGCAAUUUUCAUGAUUCAAUCAAAAAAGGUGUUAUUUUAAAAAAUUUCCUGCUCACAAUACAAAACAAGGCAAAGGAUGUCCGGGCAUCCACUUAAUUCCCUGAAGAACUACGAUGUGGUGGAUGAAAGCGAGUGUAAAGUAGAUAUUUCGACUUUCAAGUCCAUCGAAGAACGUUCCAUUGCUGCUAAGGAACCUCCUCCAAAUGUUGCGGCUGCGGCCGACGAUGAAAACAACUCUAAACCUGCCAAACGCAAAAGGAAAAAGCGACUUUUAGUUACCAAAAAAGAGUUCAAACGAUCCGAAGGACAAAAAAAGCGCCGUCAGGCACGGCAAGUGGUAACUGAGGCAUGCUCGUGCUACCUAUCCUGCCCGCGUAAGAUUACGCCCGAGCAGCGCCAGGACCUGAACAAUCGCUAUUGGGAAUUGGAACAUGUCGAGCAAAAAAAGUUUAUCAAGAGGUAUUCGGUGCAGGGAAAGGUUAAAAGAAGACGGGUUCCGGUGGAUCCCUUGGGAGGUGUGGACGUAAAGAAAGCCUAUACCUAUUCGUUUUAUUUGCCCGAUGAUAAGGGAGAGUUGCAAACGGUGUGUUGCACUUUCUUUCUCAAUACGCUGGGAUAUCGAAAGGGAUGCGGUAAUCACAUUUAUCGGGCACAUAUGAAAGACUCACUUAGUGAUAAACGAGGAAAGUACGAACGAGAUCGUUCGCUGCGAGAUGCCAUCUGGGACGACAUUUUGUCCUAUUCACCGCGAACGUACCAUAAGGGUCUGAAGUAUAGUGCAACAGCACUUUAUUUGCCUAUUCAGCUGAAUGCAAAAAUGAUGCAUGCAGAUUUCAAGGCAAGAAGAGAGCCUUUCGGGGAAAAACCUGGCAGUGCUAGUUUUUAUUGUGCAAUUCUUCGUGAAAUGGAUGUGCACUUUGUGGAAAUGGAUGAUUUCGUAAUACCUGAACGAAAACCGAUAGUGGUUCCACCACCACCAGCGCCCGAAACAUUUCUACCUCCAGAGCCUAUAGCUGCUGCAGUGCCAGUCUCGGAAGAAGUGUAUACAACUUUUACAGACUUGCAACCGUCUGAAAGUUCAACAGGUCAGUCUUACAUUCAUCCUCCUCCAGUCCAACACCUAGCACCAAUCCAAACAUUGACUGUUGGAGAACCAGCCACCAUGAUUUAUACGCACACGGUUGAACCCAAACCAGUUGAGUCAUACUAUUCGAUGGUACCACAAGAUUCUUCAUCUCCUUUCGUCGAGAAUGUGAAACAAGAACCGUAUUAUGGACUUCCAAUAGAACCUGAAACUGUAGUCGAGUCACACUAUAUAAAAGAUAAUGAUGAUUUCUCUGAUUCUUACUCCAAUAUGGCGUCUGAACCGAGCUACACCGAACCUUCUUAUCAUGCAGCUUCUUGCGAGAUAGUUAAGUGCGAAGAUAACAAGAACGAUCUAGUGCGUGAGAUGUAUCCUCCAGUGCAGGGGGAGAUGACAGCGUUGAAGUUUGAAAAUCCUGCACCCAAUCCAUCACUUGAGGAAUUUGCAGAUGAAGCCAAGUUUGUUGCUAAACCACGAAAAAGAAGAGCGGUAAAAUCAAACAUCAAUCCGCCAAUACCCGUACUACCUGAAGGCUAUCCACCCGUUAAGCGAACAAAAAAGUAUAUCGCGAAAGUGAGCAAUCUAGUUAGACGAAAAAUGUCGCAUCCCGUGUUGCACCUGGAGUGCAACUGUCACCUGAACUGUCGGGAAAAGAUCAGCUCGGAACAACAGGAGCGCAUCAAUGACCAGUAUUGGAGCAUGCGGUUUGCCGAUCAGCGCAUGUUUAUGUUAGAGCACACCGAGCGGCAUGCGAUCAAGCGGCGCCGAACAAAAAUACCAUCCGAUGGUCCUGUUCGGAAAAGCUGCACCUACUCGUACCGGUUGACGGAUGAAAGUGGCAACUACCAGGCAGUGUGCUGUCAGUUUUAUCUAAAUACCAUCGGUUUUGGGGCGGGCAGUGGCAACGUGAUCUACCGAGCCCACCAGGUUGAAUUGAGCGAAGCCAUCUGUGACAAACGGGGCAAAUUUGCACGUGAUACCACCUUACGGGAUGCAAUGGAUGAUGAUAUUCUAUCAUAUUUCAGUCCCGAACAGCAAGAAAGUGGUGCCAUAUUGGAUCUCUCCGCUACCAGUUGGUCACCGAAAAAAAUGUACACGCAAUAUGUGCAACGGCAAGCGGCCAACGACAUAGAUAAGCCAGGUAGUUUUGGUUUCUACUGGAGAAGGGUGAAAGAAUUGAAUGUACAGUUUGCGCCGAGGCCCGAGCCCAAAACAAACGGGAAGAAAAAACCAAGGUCAUCGAGCGUAACACAAAAACGAGCGGAAGCGGUUGUCAACGUUCCAUCGACGUGUUCGUUUGGCUUCACAACGCUCCAAUAGCUUGCUAAGUCAUAGUUUUAAUUAGUAAUAUUUCGCAAUAUAAGUAUUUUAGUAUUUAUUGUA